AUGCCCUGCCCUCUCCCCUUCCCCUUCCCUCUCCCCUUCCCCUUACCUCUCCCUCCCCUGCCCUCUCCCCUUCCCUUCCCUCCUCUCCCCUUCCCCUUCCCUUCCCUCUCUCCUUCCCCUGCCCUCUCCCUUCCUUCCCUCCUCCCCUUCCCCUUCCCUUCCCUCUCCCCUUCCCCUUCCCGCUCCCCUUCCCCUUCCCUCUCCCUUCCCCUUCCCUCUCCACUUCCACUUCCCCUUCCCUCUCCCUUCCCCUUCCCUCUCCCCUUCCACUUCCCUCUCCCAUUCCCCUUCCCUCUCCCCUUCCCCCUCCCUCUCCCCUUCCCCUUCCCCUUCCCUCUCCCCUUCCCCUUCCCUCUCCCCUUCCCCCUCCCUCUCCCCUUCCCCUUCCCUCUCCCCUUCCCUUCCCUCUCCACUUCCACUUCCCCUUCCCUCUCCCCUUCCCCUUCCCUCUCCCCUCCCCCUUCCCUCUCCGCUUCCCCUUCCCUCUCCCAUUCCCCUUCCCUCUCCCCUUCCCCUUCCCCCUCCCGUUCCCGUUCCCCCUCCCCUUCCACUUUCCGCUUCCCUUCCCCUUCCCCUUCCCCUUCCCUUCCCUUCCCUUCUGGAACCUUUUUCCCCCAUUGUGUCUUCCUCCACACGCGUCGCGCCCAGCGUCAGCGCCACUCCGCCAAGCCCCACCCGGGUUCCCGCCAGUCCGCCGCGCUCCGCCCGCCACUGCACUCGUCCGACCUCCCGCAACCGCUGCGACUGACGGCCGGAAGAGGGUACGAGUGCCGACUCCCAUGCUGCCACGUCGGAUUCGGAAUUCCCAAGGUGUUCCGGCUGGAGAAGAGGAGCCGAAUUAAUACUCACGGGAGUGCUAGGCGCAACUGGCGCAGCCUCGCGCCGUGCUUCGGUUUCUCCGCCUGA